UGUUUUCGUGUGGAUCAUGCGCACUAAUACCGUAAUUACGCUAAUUCCGACAACACUCGAACGCAGCAUGCGGCACUACUGUCUCCAACACCUGUGUAAACUCCGGUCUUUAAAACUUCAUGUCAUUGUCAUUUAAACACUAAUUCCCAGAGUGCAUUGCGCGCGUGUUCAUGUCCUUCUGGUCCUUCUCUGCCAUCACGGAGCCCCAUGGCCUUCUGGGAAGUGGAGUCUUUUCUGCGCAUCUCCCAUUUUCCACAGGUUUCGCGAGAUUUUACAUAGGCGGGCUGGUGUGUGGCAGCAUUUCUCUGCCAGACGAACUGAACAAUAUUGAUAUGAAAUCUGCAUAAAGUAGCCUUUGACUUUCUGGAGGCAUGUCCAAGAAAAGGGGCAGAAAGCGGAGUAGUGGGGAGCUGAGUGACACAUUGACCCCGGAUCCAAACAGCAUUCUGGGAGUCCGUAUUCAGCAUAACUGGCGUGAGAAGGGGAACCAGAGCAAAUGGAAGGGGACCGUCCUGGACCGGCUCAGUGUGAACCCGUCCCUCUUCAUGGUGAAGUAUGACGGCUUCGACUGCGUCUACGGCAUCGAGCUGUUCAAAGACGACCGAGUGUCCAACCUGCAGGUCCUUUCAGAAAAUGUUGUAAACAACAAGAUCAAGAUCCCUCCAGGGGCGGAGGAGCUGGUGGGCAAAGCUGUGGAGCAUCUUUUUGAAAAGGAGGACGGGGAGAAGAACGAGUGGAGAGGCAUGGUCCUCUCCAGAGCUCCCAUCAUGACCAACUGGUAUUAUAUCACUUAUGAAAAGGACCCCGUACUUUAUAUGUACCAGCUGUGGGACGACUAUGCUGACGGAGACCUCAGGAUUCUGCCUGAAGCAGAAAACAAACACCUGUUGCCUGCAGACAGGAAGCCAGGAGAGGAGACAGAGAGUCUGGUGGGGAAACAGGUGGAGUAUGUUACUGAUAAGGGCGUGAAGAGAACAGGCCUGGUCAUCUACCAGGUCCCAGCCAAGCCCUCGGUCUACUAUAUCAAAUAUGAUGAUGACUUUCAUAUCCAUGUCUAUGACCUGGUGAAAACCACCUAGAGACUCUCCAGCCAGCCUCCCCAUCUGCUUCAGUUCCACUCAUCGUUAUAAUCUGUUAUCCAAAGCCAUGGCAGGGUUCAAUAGUAAUUAUGCUUUAUCGUUCAGAAGAAAGUGCAAUCUGUUUUUCCGUAUGCACAGCAGACCUGUAGCAUCGCUAUGCUUGGCUAUCUGAGGAGAUGGAGUGGACUUGUUUUAUUGUUGCUGCUCUUCUUUAUUCUUUAAGUUUGGACGGUCCUAAGUCUGCACUGCCCAACAGCUGCUAAGGGCAGCUGUAACUGCAUCGGUAUUGUUGAGUUUCUUGCUGAUCUGUCCUUAAAGUAAUUAUCUUGAUUAAUUCCCAGUAUGACUAGAAAUGCUGCUCAAAAUAUGAUUUUGAAGACACUUUUCUUUGGAUCAUCUAAAUAGCUAAUAAGCAUGAUAUACGCAUUAUGUUUGGGAUAGAUGCCUUUCACUGAGGCAUUUAUUGAAUUAAACGGGCAGAUACAUUUGUGUAUUGUAUUUAACCCUACAAAGCCAAGUGUAUCAUAUUUGAUACAUAAGUUUUUGAGACCUCUACAUCAUCAGUGUGAUAUUUUUUUUUCCUGAAAAACCGGAUGAAUACAUGAAUUGAUGAUUAAAAAAACUGAGCAACAAAUUUCACAAAAAUGCCAGAUGUGACAAAAAUGAUUUGCUGGUUCCACUGGUGGAUCAGUCAUUGCUGCGUGAAAACUUCAUAUCAGCAGAUGUAUGAUGUUGUUUUAUAUGGAAAAACAUAUUUUGUAUGUUUGAGGAAAAUGUUAAAAGGAAAGUCAAAGUUUUAUUUGGUUGAAAAAAUAUUAGGUUUUAUAUGAUUAUGCGAGUUCAAGAAAAGCAAAUUGUGAGCAAAAAAUUGCACAAAAAGACCUGAUGUAUCAAAUAUGAUCCAAAUUAAAUUCAUAUAUGAAAAUUGAUAUUGAAUUAAAAAAAAUGUUAGCUGGUUCAACAAAAACUCCGAAUUUUCUGGCAAUUAUUUCACGGUUCAGGCUUUAUAGGGUUAAAGUAAUUAUCUUAAUUAAUUCCCAGUAUGACUAGAAAUGCUGCUCAAAAUAUGAUUUUGAAGACACUUUUCUUUGGAUCAUCUAAAUAGCUAAUAAGCAUGAUAUACGCAUUAUGUUUGGGAUAGAUGCCUUUUCACUGAGGCAUUUAUUGAAUUAAACGGGCAGAUACAUUUGUGUAUUGUAUUUAACUUACCAUAUUACCAAAUUUUGUGUAAAUACUGGAAGGAAUGACAGGGUUCCUACACCUUUUCCAAAGUCAAAUGCAAACACUUUUCACUCAUUUUCAAUGUGCAUUUUCCACCUCUUGUAUAUACAGUACUAGGGCUGCACAAUUAAUUGAAAUUUUAUUGAAAUCGCAAUAUGGACGAGUGCAAUAUCCAAUUUGCAGGAGGUGCAAUAUUUGCUUUAUGAAAGCAAAAAUACUGUGUGUCAAAAUACUAUUCUGAACUAAGUAUUGUGGUGCUGCAGAGA